AGAAGCAUAACUAAACGCGGUGGCAAUCUUGUAAUUAUGGUGAAAAUUAUCUAAAAUAUGUAUGUAUCUGGCCAUAUUUAGGCACAGAUGUAAAAUGUCAGGUUAAAUACAAAAAAAAAAAUAUAUUUUUGGAACAAAGGUAAAGGUAGUGUAUCUGUCUCUCUCCCAAUUAUCAAAAGAACUAAACCCUUCUUCACCUUCAAUUCGCGUACGAGCAACACUCUUCACCUUAAACCCACAGCGCCGUCCUCACCUUCAAUUCGCAGCAACCCACAGCGCCGUCCUCACCUUCAAUUCGUAGCAACCCAGCAACACCCACCCUCUUCACCUUCACGAACGAAGCAAACCCCUCUCACCUUCACGAACGAACGAAGAAGCAAAACCGUCCUCACCUUCGAUUCGCACCCAAAACGCAUCAACCCAGCGCCGUCCUCACCUUCGCAAGAACCAGCGCCGUCCUCUCUCUCAACUCACCACCAGCGCCGUCCUCUCUCUCACGAACCCUAACUCCAAAUCGAUUCAGGAUUUUUGCUAAUGUUGCUGGUGACAUUACAAUUGUGGUUGAUGGGGAGUCAUUUCUGCUGCAUAAGUGGGAAGAUCCGAAAGAUGGUUGCUGAAGCUAACAAGGGUUCAAAUGUUUCAAAUUUGGAGCUCCUCAAUUUUCCAGGAGGACACUAGACAUUUGAACUUGCCAUGAAGUUCUGUUUGUCCUCAUUCCCUUGACUUUCUUGUUUGGCAUGUUAAAGAUGGCUAUAAUGUUGGGUGCCACAAUUCCAUGUAGGCUUGAGCUUGAAAGAAGGAUAUCAUUAAGGUUGGAAAUGGUUUCACUAGAUGAUCUUCUUAUACCAUCUCUUCAGAGUGGAGACUCCUUGUUUGAUGUGGAUACAGUUCAUAGGUUACUGGUGAAUUUCUUGCAGCGAAUUGAAGAGGAAGAGACGGAAGACUACGGAUAUGAAUCCGACGGAAUUGGUUCUAAUGGACAUGGUUCCCUGCUAAAAGUAGGACAGCUUAUUGAUGCUUUUUUAGCAGAAAUUGCACCUGAUCCUUGCUUAAGUCUACAGAAAUUCAUUGCUUUGAUUGAGAUACUUCCUGAUUAUGCUCGUGUCAUCGAUGAUGGCCUUUAUAGAGCCGUCGACAUUUAUUUGAAGGCCCAUACAGCAUUAACAAAACAAGGCAUGAUUGAUAAGGCAGGAAAUGGAAAAACUUUUUUUACCUCACUUUCUAAGGGGAUAGGAAGAAUUGCAAAUUUUAGCGGUCAAGGUGGAACAAGGCGACAACCUAACGGUAAUGACUGUGGAUAUUAUGUAAUGAAGAACAUGCUUGACAUUGUCACCGCUAGUAUUACAAAGAAUUGGAUGGAGGUGUUCGAUGAUCCCACGUCAUUAACCGAGGAGGAGAUGUAUGAAUUGCGAAACAACUGGGCUACUUGUUUUCUUGACCUGUACAAUCCCGAGGUAGAUUAUGUUGUUUCCGAUGAUGAGGUUUAG